AUGUCCAGACGCAAAUUGUCAACACUCACUGUCAUCACCACCACCAUCUUUUUCUUCUGCUUCCUCCUCGUCACAACCAGCACCACCACCACCAAAGCCCAAGAAACCGAUCUUGAAUCUGAAUGCACCAACAAAUGGAUCCACAUCCGCGACCUCCCACCCCAAUUCAACCUCGACCUACUAUCAAAUUGCUCAGAAUACCCAAUUUUCGACGACUUUUGCCCCUACAUUUCCAACCAUGGCCUUGGCCAAAAAACCCAUAACAAAUCUCACAGCUGGUACCGCACAGACCCUUUCAUGCUCGAACUCAUUUUCCACCGGAGAAUGCUCGAAUACCCAUGUCUUACCUCCGAUCCCAACUCGGCCAGUGCCAUCUACAUCCCCUACUAUGCCGGCAUAGAUAGCCUUCGUUACCUCUAUGGCCCUGAAGUCAAUUCAAGUUUCGAGCACGGCCUUGAUUUGUUUCAGUAUCUUUAUCAAACAGAUUCACCGGCAAUAUGGAGAAAAAAUUCCGGUCACGACCAUUUUUUGGUGAUGGCACGUCCAGCGUGGGACUUCAGCCAACCUUUAUCUAAUGAUCCACCAAUAUGGGGCACUUCAUUUCUUGAAUUGCCCGAGUUCUAUAAUGUUACUGCGUUAACAUUGGAAGCAAGAGCUUAUCCAUGGCAAGAACAGGCAAUUCCAUAUCCAGCUUCAUUUCAUCCUCCAAAUAUGGCGCUUUUUGAAUCAUGGGUGAGUAGGGUGAGAAGGUCUAGACGUACUACAUUAAUGUUGUUUUCUGGUGGGGGUGGAUUUUCAGCCAAUCCGAAUGUAAGGCGGAGUAUAAGGUUAGAAUGCGAGAAUAGUACUAGUAGGGAUGUUUAUGAUAGUGGGUAUUCACAAUUGUGUGAGUUUGUGGAUUGUUCUGAUGGGAUAUGUGAGCAUGAUCCAAUUAGGUUCAUGAGGCCAAUGUUGGAGGCUAGUUUUUGUUUGCAACCUCCCGGGGAUACACCGACGAGGCACUCCACAUUUGAUGGGAUUCUUGCUGGUUGUAUACCUGUUUUCUUCGAGGAAUUGUCUGCAAAAAGGCAGUAUGGGUGGCAUUUGCCGGAGGAGAAGUUUGAGGAGUUUUCUGUGUUUAUUCCCAAAGAGGAUGUGGUGUUUCAAGGUCUUAGCAUUGUGGAUGUGCUGAUGAGUAUACCAAGAUCUGAAGUUAGAAGGAUGAGAGAGAACGUCUUAGAGAGGAUACCUAGAGUUAUGUACAGGAAACAUGGAAGUUCACCGGGUUUGCGGACUAAAAAGGAUGCAUUUGAUAUUGCAAUAGAGGGUGUUCUGCAGAGGAUCAAUUCUAGACUUCAAGAAGCUACAGCUUAA